UGCCCAGCAUUCCCACCUUGUUUAGAACAGGCAGAGCUGUGAGCUGGGUGGGGCUAGAGUAUAUAGUUCAUGAGGAAGAGGAGGCUUCUACCCAAACAGCUUUGUUCUACAGAUUCUCUCAGAGUUUCCUGGGCCAGCUGGGGCUGGAGUGAGAGAGGGGGAGGAGAGAGGUCAGCUUCAGAAGGGGAGGUAAGAAUGCAACUGCCAGAACCAAUGUGUUCCCCAAGGGGACCUCAAGAGCGGACUUCACUGCUUUCCACGGCUUAGUGACACGUGACUCUGAAGGAACCUGCUCAGUCAGGACAGGGUAGGGUUGCAUGAGACAUACUUAUACUAAAAAACUAUUCGUAGUUUUGUCUGAAAUUCUAGUAUAACUGGACAUCCUGUGAUUUUAUUUGCUAAGUCUGGCACCUCUAGGGUGGGAGACAGAAACAAAAGAAUGGUUGCAAGCUCAGGAUGGCAUGGAGUGAGUCUUAGAAGACAGAACAAAAGGCCUGUGAGGAGACAGGCCAUCCGGGUAGCCACCUUGUUCAAGCAGAAAAUGCUUUAUGUCUGGUGGUGGAGAGAGAAACUAAGGCCUUAGCUCUCAGGAACAUAUACCUAGUGUAAAGGGAAAGAUACACACACACACACACACGCACGCAUGCACGCACGCACACGCACACACACAAACACCACAUGUGUAAAAAUAGCCCGUUCUUUGUCUUCAUGGCAUUGACUGUUUUGAAGAAUAUAAGCCAGUUAUUUUCUAGACGUUCCCUCUGUUUGGCUUGUCUGAUGUUUCCUUGGGAUUAGAUACAGGUUAUGCAUCCCCCGUCAGUCAGAAUAGUACAUAAUGAUUAAGAAGAGACUGGAAACAGCCAGGAGGGGGGGCCGUGAGUGAGGAUGUUUGGCUUCUCUUUGCAGAUUUCUCAGACUCUCAGAGAAAACCAGCAGGAAGUCUGUGAGACCAAAAGAACUGCAGGCCCCCAGCUGACCUCCCCUCUGAGGAUGACAAGGGCGUUAUUCAUCUCCUUGUUCAGCUGCCUCGCUGCCAUAAACCAGGCCAGCCUCAUCAACCGCUGCGACCUGGCCAAGGUGCUGCACCAGGAGGAUUUGGAUGGGUUUGAGGGCUACUCCGUGAGUGACUGGCUGUGCCUAGCUUUUGUGGAAAGCCAUUUCAAUAUAUCAAAGGUAAAUGAAUAUGCAGAUGGCAGCUCUGACUAUGGCAUCUUCCAGAUCAACAGCCACUACUGGUGCAACGAUUACCAGAGUCACUCGGAAAACACUUGCCACGUGGCAUGUAAAGAACUGCUGAGCCCCAAUCUUCUCUCAACCAUCAAGUGUGCAAAAAAGAUUGUGUCCAAAGCAGGGGGGAUGAAGAACUGGGCAGCAUGGUCAAUACACUGUGCCGGCCGGCCACUCUCCUACUGGGUAACAGGAUGUCACAUGGGAUGAGGCAGGGUGCAGGCCUGCUGUGGAGUCAUUCUAAAACUCCUCUCCUCCCAUGGGGAUUCUUCUUCUUGCCUCCACUUCAUGUUAUUUUCUUCCCUUCCCAUUUACAAAUAAAACUGACCAGAGCCCCAGGAAUAAAUGGUUUUCUAGGGCUUACUCCUUGUUCCCAUCCAGGCCCAGGCCCCUGGUUCCUGAUUGUCAUUUGUAAACUAAGAGGACUGCAAUGAAGAUGUUUCUGAAUUUUGGGAAUUAUUAAAAGUCUUUGUGCAAAGAAUGUGUUCAUUAUUCAUUAUUAAUUCCAUGUAUCUGAGAGUACCUAAUGUAUAGUAGGAGUAUUGUU